UGUGGCAGACGGGCAGUGAAAACAGAAAGAUCGGUAUUUCCAGUGAACUGACGACGUUCCCACAGCCAGUCAGAUAUGUCGGCGGGUACAAAGUCAGGUGUUAUGGCGAUGGUUGAGGCUGGUACUGUCCCUGUAGGUCAGCUGUCCGCUGUGACCACACGCAGUGCGGAUUCAGUUAACAACAUACAGCUCCACUCGCCGGCGGUCUUCUCUGAUGGCAAAUCCAUUUACAACAUCCAAGACUCGUCUGUCACAGUGCAGCAGACGAUCAGUGUUACGCCAAACUACCCACUGCAGAACAUCAUAGAUGCGACAGAAAUGCUGAUGAAACGUGAGGAUCCUGACAAACAUGUAUCAACCUAUGCAGAAAGGACAGCUUUGAAGCAUCUGAAAAACACUGGAUGUGUGUUCAUCAAAGGAAGAAGUGGUACAGGGAAAUCUAGGGUUGCUCUCAGUCUUUUGUUGCAGAUUGAAAAAGACACAGGAAGAAUACCUUUGUUACUGUCCUUUCCCCAACAGUGGAAAGACGUUCCGGUGGGGAAGUCUAAAGGACAAUAUGUGGUGCUCAUUGACGAUAUAUUUGGAUCCUCCAACCUGUUUCAAUCCCAGGUAGAUGAUUGGAGUAAGGUGCUGAAAAUCAUGAACGCUGUAGUAGAGCUUGGCAACAUCUUCCUGGUGUUGACCUCGAGGCCAGAGAUCAGUGCACAGUGUGAGAAGAGGAUGAAGACACACGAACUGUUUAAAAGGAUCAAAUGCGUCACUCUGGAUGACGGCGAGUUCUCACUCAGGGUUUCAGAGAAACAGAAAAUCAUGGAGAUAUAUUUCGGGAGGAAGGUAAGGCUAUCAGAGGAAGACAUGAAACAAAUUGCAGAGAUGAAGACAUCUCUUGGUUUUCCCCAGUGUUGUGCAUUUUUUGCAUCAAACAAACUUCCAGCAUCAAGAGCUGUCAGCUUCUUCCGCAGCCCCCAAGUUUGUGUCAAAGAAAUCCUUGACUGUUUGAAGGAAAGUGAGCCACUGAGCUACUUUGUGUUAUUACUUGUGAUGAUUCAAAAAGGGUUCCUUGACCACAAACUCUUGAAAUCAAGAAGAGAUAGAAACUUCAGUGACGUUGUAGCGGAUUUGUCCACAUUCUGUGAUAUUCCAGGUCCUCCAGGGUAUGGCCAGAUCGCAAGUAAAGCUGCUACUCUCUCUGGUGUUUAUCUCCUAAGCACACAAAAUGGUUUUGAAUUCCAGCAUCAGUCAAUAUACGAUGCAGUUUUCCUUGAUCUGGCUGGGGAGGACCCAGAAAUGUGCAUCAAAAUUUGUCCUGCACAAAUGCUCGUUGAGCUGGUGAGGACACAAAGUAAGGAGACUGAAGAAGAGGGUGUUGUGAUUUGCUUGACAAAAGAAUACUUCGAGAUCCUUGCUGACAGAAUUACAAACAUCCUUCUGUCAAACGAUGGAAGUGAGAUCCUGAAUCACCCCUCGUUACUUGACGAAGACUUUCGACCAUACCUGGAGACAAAAUUGGAACAAGACGUUUGUGAAGACAUUGGAAAAAGAGAAGCGACUGCAUCUAGCAUCUCUUACUAUCCAGACAUAAGUAAUAUGCUCGAUCUUCAUGUUGUGUUCACGUAUACAUUUCUCCUUUCACACAUGGUGAUGAAGCAAGGCUCAUUGGCAAAAUAUGUUCUGUUGAAAACCUCAAAUAUUCCAGAAGCUGUUUUGAGAGAGGUAAUGAUUUGCGCCAACUACCAAAGCCAAAAUGAUAUUAUUAACAUGCUGCUAGACAGAGGGAUUGUUUUGGAUGAGACGUGUGUGAAGGCUCUUUCAGCCUCCCAAAGCGUUGAUGCAGCUACAUCAGCCCGAUUGCUUGAUUUGAUUUCAUCGUUGGAUUUCCAAGAUAGAAAGGACAUGCUUUUCUUGGCGUCUCUAAAUGGCAACGUGAGCCUGAUCAGGAAAAUCAUAGACACGUCGACGGACGGAGUCCAGGAACUUUGCUAUCGAUGUCUUAUGGGGUUGUUCGGUGAAAUGAGAUUCAACAAGGAGUAUAACUAUCCAGAAUGGAUGGAGGAGAGACGAGGGAGCCUUGAGGAGGUAUUCCAAGUACUGUUCAGUCCUAUCCAGGACAAGAAGAAAGUAGCUCAGUUGACCUCAAGGUGUGCAGGACAUGCCUAUCCAGUAGCUCUGAAGAUAGCUCUUGACAAAUACUCUCUGUACGAUACGGACAUGUAUCACUGGAAGGACUGUCUGCAGACAGCGUGUGUUUAUGGCGGUAGUGAGUGUGUCCGAGUCAUCCUUGAACAUAUUACCAUUACAGAAGGAAUCUAUGAAGGCAUUGCAGAUUGUUUCGAUUCAGCAGCCGCAUCGAUUAGAGACAGCUGUCUGAAGACUCAAUUAUUGCUGAAUUUUCUUGAUGACUUUGGUGAUAGCAUAGGGGGUGUUCCAUCGCUCCGUGAAACACUGAAUAGAUCAGCAGGAUACGGAUAUACUCCUCUGACUAAAGCGGCCGAACACGGCAACGUCGACACUGUGAAGAUGCUGAUACGGAAAGGAGCUGAUGUCAACAUGGAAGAUGAUAAGGGCUUAACGCCUCUUCACAGAGCUGCUGGGACGAAUGGUUCAGUUGAAUGUGUAACAGCUCUUCUUGAAGCUGGAGCCCUUGUAGACAAACGUACACCGGAUUCCAGAACCCCGUUAAUGGGUGCUGAGAGGCUUGACAUAGUUAAGAAGCUGGUAGCUGCUAAAUGUGACAUUAAUGCAACAGAUGAAGAUGGGAGAUCAGCUCUACACACGGUGGCCCUUUUCAGCAGCGUUGAUGUUCUUAAAUGUUUAUGCAACAAAGGAUGCAAUGUUGAUCAGCGAGAUGAGCGCGGCGUCACAGCGUAUCACCGUGCAGCAGAAUCUGGGGAGCUGGACAUACUGAAAUAUCUGCAUCAAAUGCAUGCUAAGCCGACAGUUGAUGUUGACGGAUGGUCAGUGCUUCACUACGCUUGCUGUUCCGUCAAUGAAACAAUGGAAAAGGUGCAGUUCCUGGUGGACACUGUGAAGGUGCCAAUCGAUACAAGAGACGAGGAUGGAAGAACGGCGCUGUAUCCAGCAGUGCAGAGAGGUGAUGCAGAGGUGGUGGAGUUCCUGGUAGAAAGGGGGCUAAGUAUAAGGGACAGGGACAAGCAUGGCGACACAUAUCUACAUGCGGUAUUCAUCCGCUACUCCGAUCACGAUGAGGUAGUGAAGUUCUUAUUCAAAGCUAACGUUGAUGCAGAUUUGUGUAAUAGCGAGGGCAACACUCCAUUGCAUCUGGCAUUGGAUUCAGGAUUGUGGAGCCUCUUCGAGGACCAUAUGAUGACUUUGAUUGAUAGAACUUCAAAAAUGAAUCAAAGAAAUCACGAAGGGAAGACACCUCUUCAUUUGGCGGCUUAUUUUGACAAUGUAACGUUUCUCAAGCGAAUCCUUGACAAGGGAGCCGACAGAGACAUAAAGGAUUCAGAUGGAUGUAAAGCUAUCGAUCUGGUGCCAGAGGACGGAAAUGGCAAGGCGAUAAAGGCUCUUUUGUCCACAUCUGAGUUACCUGCUCGUGAAAUUGUAUAUCUCAGGCAGGGUCUGUCAACGGAAGACUAGGGGCGGUGGGGUAGCCUAGUGGUUAAAGCGUUUGCUUGUCACGCCGAAGACCGGGUCCCCCACAUGGGUACAAUGUGUGAAGCCCAUAUAUGGUGUCCCCCGCCUACAUAUUCCUGGAAUAUUGCUAAAAGCGGCGUAAAACUAAUCGCAUUCACUCACAUUGCAACAUUAGAGUUGGUGAGUGAGCUGUGGUGAACGCCCCUCUCAAGCUAAACUCACUCACUCACUUCAGAAGACUAAGUCACUUGUUCGCGGUAUUUAAAGCAUUAUCUAUUAUCCUCGUAUACCAAACAGAUUUUGAUUCAUCUGAAGAACAAUUUUGUUUGACAUUUUGUUUGUCUGUCACCUCCUGAAAAAAUUGAGGGGCGGUGGGGUAGCAUUGUGGUUAAAGCGUUCGCUCGUCACGCCAAAGACCCGGGUUCGAUUCCCUGCCCGGGUUCAAAGUGAGAAGUCCAUUUCUGGUGUCCCCCAUCGUGAUAUUGCUGGAAUAUUGCUGAAAGCGGCGUAACACCAUACUCACUCACCCAAAGUACUCAGGUUUUUAUUGACAGCAGGUGACAAACAUCAACCCACUUUUAAGACAAUGUGAACAAUUAUUUUUUGUGACAUCUUGUUAAGGUAGCUUCUGGAUUAAAAUAUUGUUUUGUGAACACGUCAGUUCUUUUGAUAUUUUCACCUACUUUGCAGUAUAAUUAGCGCCUUCGUUAUAUAACUGUACUUGGGCCCGAGGCCAUAAUAUCGAAAUAAAAUCAAUCACUGUUUAAAUGUA